AUGUUCUUAAAAUUCUCAGUGUUGGUCCUUUGGAUUCAACUGGCAUGGGAGAGCACCCAGCAGCUGGAGCAGAGUCCUCGGUUUCUAAGCAUCCAGGAAGGAGAAAAUUUCACCGUGUACUGCAACUCCUCAAGCACCUUCACCAGCUUUCACUGGUACAGACAGAGUCCCGAGGAAGGACCUGUCCUCUUGGUGAUAUUAACUAAGGGCGGAGAAAUGAAGACGCAGAAGAGACUAAAGGCUCGGUUUGGUGAGACAAGAAAGGACAGCUCCCUGAGCAGCACAGCAGCCCAGCCCGGGGAUGCAGGCGGCUACCUCUGUGCAGGGCCACAGUGCUCCUGCGCCACCUGCUGCCUGCACACAAACCCUGCUUCAGGCCUCCAGUCGCACAGCUGCUUCACUGCUCCAGCUCCACUUCACGCACCCCUCGUCAUGGACAAUGACAACAGCCUCAGUCCCUCAUGGAACCAUUCCUGCUGCCUUUCCAGAACACUUACCACGUACCCUAGAGGACAAGAUUCAUCUGUUACGAGGCAAAAUUCCAGAAAUAAAGCUCACUAUUUGAAUGAGUUAAAAUAUGGGUCUACAGCUCCCCAGGGUAGGCAGGAGUGGGAAGAAGAGGGUCGAAAGAGAGGGACAAAUGGAGGAUAUCAGAGUGCCUCCCAAAGACCACAGCCAGGAAUGGUUAAUACAAGGGGCCAGAAAUGA